AUGCCUGACGACCUUGAUGUCAAAGAUGAGCACAAAGAGAGCCACGAAGAUGGUGGCGAGGAAGAAGAAGAGAUUGCCGCCAUGAAGAGGCGUGUCGCCGAGAUGGAGUCAGAAGCCGCUAAACUACGAGAGAUGCAAAGUCACCUUGAACAAUCAUCAGAGAACAUGCCCAGAGAAGAUAGGGAGGAUGUAGACGCGCGCAGCAUCUUUGUCGGCAAUGUGGACUACGGUGCAACCCCUGAAGAGAUCCAAGCACACUUCGCCAGCGGACCAGGAUCGAUAAACCGAGUCACCAUCCUCCUGGACAAGUUUACUGGUCAUCCAAAGGGGUAUGCAUAUGUGGAAUUCUCAGACCCAGGACUGGUGGCUCAAGCGUUGGUGCUGAACGAAAGUGUCUUUCGCGGCCGCAAUCUCAAGGUUGUGCCAAAACGUACAAACCUUCCCGGCAUGACUCGAGGCAGAGGAAGAGGAGGUCCCGUGCGUGGUGGUCGAGGAGGAUUCGGCGGACGAGGAGGCUUCGGAGGGUAUGGAGGUUUCGCUGGUGGUGGUUACGGUGCCCCGCGAGGCGCCCCUCGGGGCGGCUUCAGAGGGCGUGGCCGUGGGUAUGCACCAUACUAG